AAGAACAAAAAUGCAGUUAAGCAACAAAAAGACUUAAAUAAACGUAAGAAAGAAAGUGAGAAACCACUUGCUAAGAAUAAAAUUCAGAUUGCAGAGAGUAAAAUUAUUGAAGAAAUAAAACCCGAACAAGACAAAACAUUUGAAAACGGAAAAAGUAAGUCGGAGAUAAACGAGUCUAGCCAGGAUCAAAUAAAACAACCUAUCGAAGUUGAUAAGCAAAAAGAAUUAACACAGAUCGAGAAACAAGAGGAACAGAAAUUUGUAAAUGAGAUGGAAAUAUCUAAUCAGUCGCAAUCGAGAAAUAUUGUCACUGAAAGUCAAGAAACUAAAAAUAUAGAAGACCAAUCAAUAAAAGAAACACAAUUAAUUGAAGAUAUAAAUAUACAAGAGAACAAAUAUAAAAACGGAAAAGAAUUUUUAGUUACAGAGCAAAGUAACACUACAAAAUCUAAGAAAAAAUCAAAAAAUAAAAAAGCAAAAGUCAUUACUGAGCAAUUGAUUGGAAAUGUUUCCGAUGUAAGCAAAAAAGAGAUACCAAUUGGAGAGUUGGAAGAGAAAAGGGAAUUACUAGCGGAGCCAAAAUUAGAUCAUGAAGUAAAAAUAAAACUCGAGGAAGCCACUACUAAAGAUAUAACACAUAAUAAGUCUACGAAUAAAAAAAUUCCAGCAGAGGAGAAUAAACAAGAAGAUAUUAAGCAGCAAACUACUGAUGAAACUACAGAACAAAAAGCAUUGAGCAGAACGUAAUUGAUGAAUCAAAGAAUACAAAAAUGUGUGAAGAAUCAUACAUAAAACAAGUAGAGGAAGACAGAAAGGAACCAAAAGAAAUUUCUAAAUUUACAAAAACGGAGAAACGAAAACAGAAGAAAAAAACAAAAGCUAUAGUACAAAGUGAAGAAGAUGAGAAAAAAGAAGUUGAAAUAGAAAAAGAUGUUGCCCAAGACAAAUUCAUCGAUUCGUUUAGCAACACAAACAUUAUUGAAGAUACUACAGUUGAAAAGACGGUUGAAAUUACAGAAGAAAUUGCAAAUAUUACACCAUUAAAAGAUAAAAUAGAUGUUGCAAUUGUAAAGGAAAGUGAUGAAUCGUUAACUGAUAUACAAACUGCACAAAUAGAAACAACUGAAAAAUCUUUAGAAAAAUCCGAAGCUGUAAUCAAAAUAUAACAUUACUUUUGCAAAUAAAUCCCAUAAAAGAUAAAGAAAAACAGAAAAGUAAAACUAAAUCUAAAAAGAGAAACGGAAAAAUAAAUCUCAAGAGACAUUUAUGGCUGAUUCUACGGAAAAUGAAACAUUAUCUAUUGCAGAAAACACUACUGAGAUUACAAACAUCUCUAAAGAUAUAAGUGAUACACAGGUUGAGGAAGAUGUCAAAAAUAAAAAUUAGAUAAUGAACCAACUGAAAUUUUACAAUCUUCAAAAGACACAGUUGAGUUACUUGCAUCUUCUAUAAAAAAGGAAAUAGUUGAAAUUCCACUAUCAUCCGAAAAGAGAGAUGAACAAAAAUCCUUGAAUGACGCUGAAAUCGAAGAUAAACAAGAGUCUAAGGAACAAGAAAAUUUAUUAAAAUGUUCAAUGGAAGACAUUACUAGUAUUAUAAAUGAAAAUGUAUCGACUACCAGCAAAUUGAUUGAUGUAACUACAAAAGAGACAGAAUCAAAUUUUGAUAAUUCAACGGAAAAGGAAAAAAGUGUUUCAACUGAGACGAAAUUUAAAGAAAACCUUGAAACGUCUAAUGAGGAAACAAAAGAAGAAAUCAAUCAUAAACAGAACACAUAUGAAGAACACAUGAAAACAUUAGAAACAAAUAAUGCUGCAGAACUACCUGUAGAUUCGGAAAAGAUAAAACCAAUCACGGAGAAUGAACAAAUUAUACAUCAAAAAGAAAAGCUCGUUGAACCCGAGGACGCCACAUCCGAUUAUGACAUCACUUUGACAAUGGUUGAUACAAAACAACAAACUGAAUUGCCUGAAAUAGAAAAACCCCAUUCCAAACCUGAUGAUGACACUUUGGAAUUGUACGAUAUUACGAUAGUUGACAGUGAUCAAAUAAAAUCAAUAACAGACAA